GGAUUCAUUCAAAAUAGGAUUUAUAAGUGGUUACGUGGUAUCAGCUGCAGUUUUGUUCAUAUACUUUUCUUUCUCUUGGUUGCAACUGAAGAUUAUGGUACUUCACAGGCUGCAAAACUGGGUCAGAACAAAAGAAGAAACUGAUGAGCUAUUUCACUAUCCAACGUUGAAUCACAACAUCGAGAUUCCCGGGCUGGAAAUAUUAGUUAAUAGGAUAAGCUUGGCGGAACUCUGCAAGGCAACAGACAAUUUCAGCACGGACAAUGUCAUAGGAAUGGGAAAGACGGGGACAAUGUACAAGGCCACUCUUCAAAAUGGCUUGUUUCUUGCGGUUAAGAGGUUCAACAACUCCUUACAAUUCGAGAGCCGGUUUUUAUCUGAGCUUUUGGCUUUGUCUAGACUGAAACACGACAACAUAGUCCCCUUAUUGGGUUUCUGCACACAGUAUAACCAAAUGCUCUUGGUAUACAAGCACAUGUCAAAUGGGAACCUCCAUGAUUUGUUACAUGGUGAGCCUAAAAUCCUGGAAUGGCCUCUGAGGCUCAAAAUUGCCAUUGGAAUUGCCAGAGCCUUAUCAUGGCUCCAUCAUGGUUGCAAUUUUCGUCUAGUCCAUGGCGCGAUAAGCUCCAAAUCUAUCCUCCUAGACCAUCACUUCGAGCCUAAGAUAUCGAAUUUUGGCAAAACAAUCAUUUCGAAUCACGGAGGGGUAAUGUUUAAGUACGCGAAUGAAGACGAUUCCGAUUUCCUUGUGAAUAGUGGGGUGUGGGAGUCAGAUUUUGUUAAAGAUGAUGUUUUUAAGUUUGGAAUUGUGCUUCUUGAGCUGCUCACACGGAGGGAAGCCAUCAAUGCCGGCUCUUCCACUAGUAGUUCUUACAAUAACUUAGUGGAAUGGACUAAUCAUGUUUCAAAGAGCCCUAAUUUUGUUCUUGGCGAUGCCAUUGAUAAAUCUUUAUGUGGACAAGGAUUUGAUUAUGAGAUCAUGGAGGUCCUAAGAGUAGCAACUGAGUGUGUGCAGCCAUUUCCAAAUCAAAGGCCAACAAUGCUUCAAGUUCACGAAAGAAUUAGCAGUCUUGGAGAGAGAUAUGGCAUGAUCACAUCAGCAUAUGAUUCCGGAUACUCCAUCAACCAAGAUACAACUAGCACUGGAGACGAAAUACUUCCGGUUGAUCAGAACCAUUGA